AUGUCUACACCAAGUGAUCUUCAACAACUUCUCGACAUGGGUUUCGACAAGGAAAAGGCCGAGAUUGCAGUCAAGAAGACGGGCGGAUUGAACGGAGCUUUACAAUGGCUCGAAGAUAAUCAAGACAAGAGCAUCGAGGAAAUCCGAACUGCAGAAGCUGCUGCAGCACCAGAUUCCGACGAGACAAACCCCAACAUCGAGCCAGCGCCACUCAAGGAUGGGGAAGAGGCAAAGUCGAUGGUCUGCACCGAUUGUGGCAAGAAGUUCCGCUCCAUGAUGCAGGUCCAGUUCCAUGCCGAGAAGACUCAACAUGAGAACUUCGAGCAAUCGACCGAAGAGAUCGCCCCCCUCACCGAAGAGGAGAAGCAACAGAAGCUCGCAGAGCUCCGCGAGAAGGCGAAGGAAAAGAGGGCGAAGCAGGCUAUUGUUGACAGAGAGGAAGCCAAGCGCAAUGAGCAAAUCCGAAUGAAGUCCACAAAGGAAGUCUCGGACGCCAAAGAGAAGCUGGCGAAGGACCAACAGAUCAAGGAGGCGCAGGCUAAACGUGCCGAGAAAGCCGCUGAUGUCCAGGCCAAGAAACGCAUCCAAGAGAAGAUCGCCGCCGAUAAGGAGGAACGUCGCUUGAAGGCCGAAGCUGCUAAAGCUCUCCGCGAAGGUCGUGCUCCUCCAGCACCUGCAGCAGCUCCAGUAGCCGCCCCUGCGGCUUCAUCCGGCGCUCCAAAAGUCCACACAGAAUCUCGAUUGAGAUUACAAACUUCCACCGGGGUCAUGACUAAGACUUACCCAGUCGACACCACCCUCUUUGAGAUCUCCCAGCAACUCGAGGCCGAGCUCGGUUCGGUGACUAGUUUCACCAUGACUUAUCCCAAGAAGACCUUUGAAGGUCCUGUCGAUUUCGGGAAGACUUUGAAGGAGGCCGGUUUAAUCCCUUCUGCUGUCUUGAUCGUCAAAUAA